AAAGCGAUAUCGCACUCCCCAUCGCUGAGUCAUCCCCAUUUUUCAAACGUCACUCGAAAAAGCGCAGAUGACAUGCUCGAUCCCACACACAUCUAGCACUCAAUUGAAUCAAACCAACAAACACCAAAAUGCCCUCUCGAAACGACGUCGACUACUUCGGAGCCGGGCCGGCGCCCUUGCCUGACCCCGUGCUGGAAGAAGCGGCCAAAAUCCUGCUCAACUACAAAGACUCUGGCAUCGGGAUCCAGGAAAUCUCCCACCGCGGUGCCGACGCGGCCGACAUUCUGGAAAAGACGCAAUUGUGUCUGCGGCAAUUGCUGAAUAUCCCGCAGUCUGAUGGCCCUGAAGGUUACCAGGUCCUCUUCCUUCAAGGAGGCGGGAGUGGCGAGUUUAGCGCUACUGUCUAUCAUAUGGUGAGCGUGUGGGUUGCGAAGCAGUGGAAGCACCUCAAGGAUUACAAGUUGCUUGGUCUGGAUGAGGAUGCGGUGGUGGAUGGAUUGCGGGAUCUCGUCGAGGAGAAGAUGAAGAUUGACUACUUUGUCACCGGAUCCUGGUCGUUGAAGGCUUCGCAGGAAGCCGCGCGACUGGUGGGAGGCGAAAAGGUCAACAUUGUCACCGAUUCGCGCAAGCAUCGCGACGGCAAGUUUGGCGUCAUCGCCGCGCAAGACACAUGGACGCACACGAAGGAAGAAUCCGACGUCGUCAUGACGUACUACUGCGACAAUGAGACGGUCGACGGCGUGGAAUUCCAGGCUACGCCGUCUGGUCACAACUUGGUCGCCGACAUGUCGUCCAACUUCCUCUCCAGACCCAUCGACAUCACCAAAUACGCCGCCAUCUACGCCGGCGCGCAGAAGAACGUCGGAAGCACGGGCAUCACCAUUGCCAUCGUCAGCAACAAGUUCAUGCCGCCUCACGCCGAGAUGGCCGACCCGAAAUUGCUGCGUCGCCUCGGACUGCCCGUCGGACCUUCUGUCCUCGACUGGCCGACGAUUGCCAAGAACAAAAGCCUGUACAACACGCUGCCCAUCUUCGACGUCUGGGUUGCAGGCAAGGUGAUGCAGCGGACGCUCGAUUUGUUUUCGGAGGAGAACGGUGCUCCCCGCUUGGCUGGCCAGGCGGCCGAGUCGAAGAAGAAAGCGGAUAUGCUGUACUCUGUGAUGGACGAGCAUAGCUCCAUCUAUCAAGUCGUUCCUGACAAGAGCAUUCGCAGCCGGAUGAACCUCUGCUUCCGGGUCAAGGGCGGUGAUGACGAGGCGGAGAAGACCUUUCUCAAGGGCGCGGAGAGCCGUGGGCUACUGGGUAUCAAGGGCCACCGAAGUGUGGGCGGCAUGAGAGUGAGCAACUACAACGCCGUUCCUGUUGCGGCCGUUGAGAAGCUGGCGAAAUACCUGCUGGACUAUGCCAAGUCUGAGGGCGCGAAUGGCAGUGUCUGAGGGGGGAAAGGGGAAGCGCAUUGUCGAAGAUAGAUUUAGCGUUGGCGUUGGAUUGCGCUUUCAACAGAUGCACCGUCGGUGUUCAACACGGUCAAAAAGGGUGUAGCAUUAUGUUCAGCA